CACAGUAAAUUUUUAAAAUUCGUUGCGUGUGGAUGCGAUUGUUCGCUCUCUGUGAUACCAUAAAAUAACCGAAAAUCCCGUUCAACACCUACUCAUCUACGCCUAUUUGUAGUAUCUAUUGUGACCAAAAAAUCAAAGAUAGUCACAAAAACUCCAACCGCUAAUUAAAGAACUCAUUUCAAGCGCCUGACGUUAUUACCAAAAACUAAAGGAGUAAUCUUAAACAAAAAACCCGUUUAAAGCCAAAAUGUCUUCGAAUCGUGCACCAAAGUCCGGUUUUGCUGCUGAGGCACAACGCAAAAUUAACUCAAAAUACAGCGAAGAGUUGGCUCAAGAAUGUCUGGAAUGGAUCAAGAUUGUUACUGGCGAACCAAUCAACACAGCCGGUGAUAUGGAUAACUUCUUCGAAGUGCUGAAGGAUGGUGUUUUAUUGUGCAAAUUGGCCAACGCAUUGCAACCGGGCUCAAUCAAGAAAGUCAACGAAAGCAAAAUGGCCUUCAAGUGCAUGGAGAAUAUUUCCGCUUUCCUGGCCUGUGCUAAAAACUUUGGCGUACCCACACAGGAGACCUUCCAGAGUGUUGAUCUUUGGGAACGACAAAACUUGAACUCUGUAGUCAUAUGCCUGCAAUCCUUAGGCCGCAAGGCACACAACUACGGCAAGCCAUCAAUUGGUCCCAAAGAAGCCGAUAAGAAUGUGCGCAACUUCUCCGAAGAACAAUUGCGCGCCGGUCAAAAUGUCAUCUCACUGCAGUACGGCUCAAACAAGGGUGCCAAUCAGUCGGGCAUCAAUUUCGGCAACACUCGGCACAUGUAAAUGCUAUUAGCUAUUAGCAAAUAGUAUAGCGGGUAUGCGCGUGCGGCCGGUUAAACCAAUUCUAUUGGUACAUACAUGGACGGAUGUGGUUGCACGCAGCGUUAUAUAUUUAGCGGCAUUUUAAUAUUUAAGCAUUCCAUAAGUGUCCAAAAUUAUAUUAAAAAAGACGCAAAACCCCAAAAACAACAAAUGUAUUCAAAAUUUUGCAUUCCAUGUAUUUUUUAACUUUAUAAACUUAUAUUGAACAUAUUUUAAGCUCUAUCGUAAACAACAAAGAAUUGUAAACUUUUUUAUAAACAAAAACAUUUGAUUUUGUAACUUUAAACACUAUACUUAUAUUUAAUAAUACACUUUUUUCUGAUUUGUACUAAAUCGGCACUUACAAAUACAACAUAAAACGGGAAAAUAAUACUUUGUACCAGAGGCGCGUUUGUGUGUAUGUAUAUAUUUACGUAACAUAUACAAUAAUUGCCUCGUUCGUGCCAUUAAGCAUUUAUAUUGAACAUAUUUAUUCUCCUACAUACAUAUAUGUAUGUACAACAAAAGAAACUCUCUCUCUGCAAACAUUUUACACUAAUGCAUAAAAAAAGAUAAAUAUAUUUUUCGAAAAAAUAAUAAAUUAUUUACAAUAAGAACUUUUGGAAAAAUUGUAUGCCUUUAAAGUGUAAAUCGCAAGAUAAUAACCACCUGUAAAAAAUACUGUAACGAAAGUGUCUUCUCCCAUAUAAUUACCGUUAAACAUAAAUUAGAAAGUAUUUAUGAAUCAUAUACAAUAACACACACCCACAGUGAUACGUAUUAGUAUACUGAUUUGAACUGUUAAUUCAUGUUGAAAUAAAAUUUAUUACAAAUAGUUACUA